GCCAAGGAGGGUCACGUGAGAUUCACGAUCGGCCAUGUUAGAUUCUAACAAGGCCACGUAAAUCAAACCUCAUCCAAAUCGCUUCAAAAAUGGUCCGAAUUUGUGGGCCAAAGCUCUCAAACUGCUGUUUUAUUCUUAGUUUGUGGGGUGUUAUUAUGUUGCUUCUUUUGGGCGUUUUCUUUAAAACGAAAAGCAUAGCCUUGGUCGAGGAUAUACCGAAAGAUAAAGGCGACGCAGGCUUCUCAAGCACAGCAAAAAAUUGCUUUAUUGCUGCUGGAAUAUAUGGGGUUACAUUAAUAAUAUCAAUACAUCAGAAGUGGGUAAAUGCAAGAACUGGGGACACACAGAAAUUUUAUAUUCAAGCUUAAUGAACUCUAAUAUAGGAGCGGAUAGGUGGAGUAACAACAUAUAACAAUAUCAAAUUAUUAUCCCCUUGAAAAACACAAGAAAAGUUCCUGAAUUGUUAUCCACAACACGAUUCAGGUGUUCAAAUAAUUUUUAUGUACACCAUAAGUAUUGGAAUACAAAAAUCAGUUCCAAGACUGAUCACUGCUAAUUGGUAUUAUUUAUUUGUAAAAAUAUAGAUGAUAAGUCAACUCAGUGCAUGACGAUAUAUGCAUACUUCUCUGUAUACAGUAGUGGAUAUGCCAUUUUAGGCGGUACUUGGUGUUAUCAUCGCGAAAACCAUCUCCUUUCGGUGACGGGCGCCAUCUUGUAUUUUAACGUUCACGGGGGGGGGGAGAGAGCAAAAACACUCGCCCUAGGAACCAUGCGGCUUAUAAUACAAGAUGGUGCCUGAUAACCGAAUGGAGAGGGUUUUCCAUAAUAAUAACACCAAGUUCCACCUGCAAGCAGGCUAAUGCCAUUUGUGCUGACGAAGUUUUUUAUAUUGGUGGAUACUCCAUUAUCCUUUAUGGCACAUACAGGCCGGUGGGUGCACUCCCUGCUGGUAUGAGAUGUAUGGUAGCUCAAAUCCACAAGUUUUCCUUAUGUCCUAUUUUUUUAUAUAGAGAUCCAGGAAAGGGCACAUCUGUCAGAAAUGAACCUUGAUGUGUUAAUUUAUGUAUAGUCUUAAUAGUUAUUGUUGACAUAUGUUCUUUAUGAGUUUUUGAAAUAAUCAUCAGAUACCACACCUAACCAAUUUACUUAGAAACAAUGAUUAUGUGAGAUAUAUUGUGAUCCCUGAUCCAAAGCUACCACUCCCUCCCCUGCC